AUAGUCAUAUGCAUUGCGUUAUUAUUUCCCUGCAGUGUACAAAGGUCUCCCAGGAGUUCUGUGCAUACAGAAAAUUUGCAUACUGUGUACAGCAGAAAGUAGUAGGACUGUAUACUACUGAGAACAUAGCGCUUUUUCAGUCAUGAAUCAAGAAGAGCAUCUGUGUGGGCGGGGUCAUGUUUACGCUCACCGCGGCGUCACUCGAGCGAUGACGUCACAGCGCUUACGUAGAGACAAUGUCCCUGCCUUUGCUCCAUGAAUCGCUGGUGUGGAUCACGUCACAACAUCAAGGUGUGAAGUCAGAAGCUCGAGAGGUUUGAAGGACGUUGAUUUGUUUGUUCUCGCAUGCGGUUGAGUGUAUUCCAGCAACAUGUCCAUCUCCAGCACACCCACCAGUAAUGAUGCCUGUCUGAGCAUCGUCCACAGUCUCAUGUGCCAUCGACAGGGAGGAGAGAGUGAGUCUUUCGCCAAACGAGCCAUAGAAAGUUUGGUGAAGAAGCUGAAAGAGAAGAAAGAUGAGUUAGACUCACUGAUCACUGCCAUCACUACGAACGGAGCGCAUCCCAGUAAAUGUGUGACUAUACAGCGCACCCUAGACGGUAGACUGCAGGUGGCCGGUCGUAAAGGAUUUCCUCAUGUCAUAUACGCACGGCUGUGGCGAUGGCCGGACCUGCACAAGAACGAACUGAAACAAGUGAAAUACUGCCAGUUUGCCUUUGACCUGAAAUGCGACAGUGUGUGUGUGAACCCGUAUCACUAUGAGAGGGUCGUGUCUCCGAGCAUCGAUCUCUCUGUCCUGACUUUGGGUGGCCCAGGUCCGAGUGGAGAGCUCAUGGUGAAGGAUGAGUUCGAGGGUCAGCCGUCACAUUCAUCUGCUGAUGGAGGUCAUAGUAUUCAAACCAUCCAACAUACUGCCACUUCCUCUGCUCCACCUGACACUUUCAACAGCCCCGCCCACCUGCCUCCAGCUGACUCCGCAAGCUCUGCCUCCACUUCUGCAUUCACCAAUAUGGCUGCCGUUCCAACCAAUGCCCCCAGCUCAUGGCCCAGAGGAAGUAGUUUCCCCCCCAGCAUCCCCCAUCAGAACGGCCAUCUGCAGCACCACCCUCCCCUGCCUCACACGGGCCAGUACUGGUCUGUCCACAAUGAGCUGGCGUUCCAGCCGCCCAUAUCCACACAUCCAGCUCCAGAUUACUGGUGCUCAAUUGCGUACUUUGAGAUGGACAUUCAGGUGGGCGAGACGUUUAAGGUGCCCUCCAACUGUCCCGUCGUAACGGUGGACGGUUAUGUGGACCCUUCAGGUGGAGAUCGCUUCUGUCUCGGUCAGCUGAGUAACGUGCAUCGCACCGAGGCCAUCGAGAGAGCCAGGCUUCAUAUCGGUAAAGGUGUUCAGCUGGAGUGUAAAGGAGAGGGCGACGUGUGGGUGCGCUGCCUCAGUGACCACGCUGUGUUUGUCCAGAGUUAUUAUCUGGACCGUGAGGCUGGACGAGCUCCGGGUGAUGCCGUCCACAAAAUUUACCCCAGUGCCUACAUCAAGGUGUUUGAUUUGCGUCAGUGUCACCGGCAGAUGCAGCAGCAGGCGGCUACGGCUCAGGCUGCGGCGGCUGCGCAGGCGGCUGCGGUCGCUGGAAACAUCCCGGGCCCGGGUUCUGUGGGGGGAAUCGCCCCUGCUAUCAGUCUGUCUGCUGCGGCAGGCAUCGGCGUGGACGACCUGCGGCGUCUCUGCAUUCUGCGCAUGAGUUUCGUGAAGGGCUGGGGUCCCGAUUACCCUCGCCAGAGCAUCAAGGAGACCCCGUGUUGGAUCGAAAUUCAUUUACACCGGGCCCUUCAGCUCUUGGACGAGGUUCUGCACACCAUGCCUGUAGCCGACCCGCAACCUCUGGACUGAUGUUCGAACAUUUAUUACCUUUACAUUACAGUGCAUAUAGCUCAAAAUGACUGACAUGACCUCUGACUUUAGCCAUGGCAUCUGGCAUAAGAUUGAAAACCAGCAAUACAUCAAAUAACACUAACACUGUUAGAUCAAACAGAACUGUUCAGCGAAAUGACCCUUUUUUUUUUACACCUUAACGAGACCUUCACUUUUGAUGUUCAAACAAGAAAUGGACUCAUUCAAAAUGUUUGGAGUGGAGACAUUUAGAAAUGUGUAUUAUAUUGCAGUGAAUCCAGUGUCAUGAGUUUGGAUCAGUCAGAUCUAUACAGUGGCCACAUACACACUGCAGCUGUCACUCCUCUUCAGAGGUGCAACACAAGAUGAACCAUGUGCAAAAAAAAAAAUCUGGACUUAAUUUAUACGAUGUAGUUUUAUGAACAAUUUUUGUUGAGCUUGUCAUCCAUCAUAGUUCGUAAAACCAUUUUCCUUUAAAUUAUUGCAUUAAAUUGAAUACAGUAAUUUAAAUAAGAAUGGUUUUACGAACUAUUUACUGAGAAAUUCCUGGUCACGUAAGUUAUUGCUCAAAUCAUUGCAGCAAAUUAGGUAAAUACUGUAUGGUUUCAAAAACUAAACAGCUUCUGUUUCAUGAUGGUUCAUACAGAAAUUUAUUUAGUUAUACAGAAAUUUGGGAUUGCGAGUUGAAAAGUCAAAAUUGGGAGAUAUAAACUCACAGUUGCGUGAUAAGUCCCUCACAAGUCCAAUUGUAAG